AUGGACUCCGAACCCAAUUUGCCUAUCCCAGUAUCGUAUAUUGAGGGUAAUUAUUUUAUCUUCUCUGUCGAUGCGGCUACAUAUCUGAGACGCGAGCACAACAUAUCUGGUGUCCUGGUUGGAACCCUGCCCCAGGUACCGCAGCAAAAUGUCUUCAUGGGCUUGCCAUUACAGCUGAUGCCCGAAGAGGCAAGGCUCCUAGUGGAAAAAGGCGUAGCUUGCAUUGUAGAUGAGGUAAAUUUUCAAAAGCAAGGAAUGCAGUCUCUAAUGGAGGAAGACCGCAAACAGUAUCUCAAAGAAAUAGAAUCCCAGGGUAUCGAAACUAUGCAGCUGCAAUAUCGCCGGAAGGAGCGGCAAAGAGAAGAGGCCUUAAAGAAAAUAGAUGAAAAGAAGGCCGCAAAGGCAAAGAAAAUGAAGCAGAAGGAGCAGGCUACCGACGCUCCCCAAGGCGAUCCAGUCACGUCUCUCUUUGAAGACAGCCAACCAUCCACACCUAGUCGAAUAUCUUCUCGACGUACAUCUACUUUAGCUGCGGUCGAUAGCAUCAUGGGGAUCACUCCUGCAGUAUCUCAUCCACCUCUUCCCGAACAGCCGCCUACUGAACACCUACUACCUAUCCCUGAAGUGCCUUCCUCGUACCCGCUCUUCGCCCACCUCCAUUCUAAGGGCUACUUUCUAUCCCCGGGACUUCGAUUCGGUUGCCAGUAUCUUGCAUAUCCCGGUGAUUCCCUGCGAUUCCAUUCCCACUUCCUAGUCGUUUCUGCCGAGUGGGAUGAGGAAAUGGACUUGAUGAAGAUUAUUGCUGGAGGCCGACUGGGGACCGGUGUAAAGAAAGGCUUCCUCAUCGGAGGAGCUGACAAAAGGGCUAAGAAGGCCCCCGAUACCAACGACAAUGUCAGAACUUUCAGUAUCGAAUGGGCGGGCAUGUGA